AUGCUAGAAGCCCUUGAAUCCUGCGGUCGUCCAUCUCGUCAACAUCGACGUACACUGUUAGCGCCCAUUGUCUUCGAUAAUCUUGCUUUGUAUCGCAGAAUCCACGGCUAUAUGCGCAAAGUUGAAACCCAUUCUCUCUCUGUGAGAACGAGUAAGGCGCACCUCAGCAGGCUCAGCUCUAUUGCCCUGCUGUGCUUGAAACAUAUAAACUCGCGACUUCCUGUGCCAACGGAAACCAUCCAAACUACUAGAACCUCGAAAUCUCCCGUCAACACCAAAACCUUGAGCAAAUACGCCAUUUCUUCUGAAUAUUCACCUGUACCUACAAAUUGCUUUGCAAUAUGCUCGUCCAGCGACAUCUCGCCUGCUCCGCGCCAUCUGUCUGAUUGCUUGUCGAUGUCUCGACGCCGUCUUGCCUCCAAUAUACCGACAUUACAAAGCCGUCUAUCGUUCACUUCCACAUCCUGUGACAUCAAAACCAAUUGGCCAACGGAAAUACCUUCUUUCCAAAUGUUGUUCCCAAUCGAUGCAUGCUCGACACCUAUCACCCCUCUUGAACAGAUCCUGCACACACCAUUUCAUCCUCCUGCUUUGCAACGCCCGAGUCCAACUGCGCGAGGCAACAACCCUGGACCAUCUGUAUGGACUUCUGUGGAUCAUAGUGCCGACCUGUCUCCUCUUGCGAACAUCUUCUCGUUCAAGUUUUCUCUGUGCCCCGAUCGCGAAAUUCUCGCUCGCCGCCAUUCUGUGGUCAGUCCUCCUGAAGUGCCGCCUCUCAAUCCCCCCCGGCGCCUUUCUUAUUCGCAUUCCUCCAAACGAGAUACAUCCCCCAUCGUUUCCAGACAAUUUGUCACUGCUAUUCCUCUGGAUGGGUCAACACCCUCUCGUAAUCUCACCCUUGCCUCUCCAGUUGCAAUCAGGCCUUCAUCAGCUUCGCGAGCUCCAGGCAGUGGAGCGGGUGACGGACAUUGUCGACAGGAUAUCAGAUUCUCUACUCUGACAAGCCCACACGUCAUAAAGGUAUAA